AUGUCACCACCACCCUCAGAGUUGACGAGAGGAUUGUGGAAAGGAGCCACCCCGAGGCUGAUCAGGCACCAGGCAUGCAUGCUGUGCCACCAGACCCAGGCAGACACCGACAUCUGCGGGGACAAGAGACUGAAGUACAAGCUCUGUGUCCACACCUACUGCCAGGUCCUCGCCACUGGGCUUUACCCACAAGACGACACCGGACGCUUUCUCGUGGAGGACACCAGGCGUAUCAUCAGAGAAGCAGCCAAGAAGAGCUGCUUCAUCUGCUGCAAGAUGGGGGCUGCCAUCACCUGCUGUGAGACGGGCUGUGACCGCACCUUCCACCUGCCCUGUGCCCCUGAUGGCCAAUGUGUCAGCCACUACUUCGGGACCUACAAGUCCUUCUGCUGGGAGCACCGCCCACAGCAGGCACUGCGGCCACGUCCAAGCCAGGACAACACCUGCAGUAUCUGCCUGGACCCUGUGGAAGACAACAUCUCCUACAAAACCAUGGGGUGCCCCGCCUGCCAAGACGCCCGCUUCCACCGGCACUGCAUCCAGAGACUGGCUCUGCAUGCUGGCACUGGCUUCCGAUGCCCGCGUUGCCUGAAACAAGAGCCGUUCAUGACGGAAAUGCUCAUCAUGGGGAUCCGACUCUCUAAGAGACCCCCAUCAUGGCAGGAUGACCAAGAGGUCGGACCCUCAGAUCAGAGGCACAGCCGCUGCAAUGCCGCAACGUGCCUUUGUCCAGGAGGCAGGGAGCACGCGGAGGCAGACGGACCUUGGCAACUGCAGCUGUGCAGCUCCUGCGCUGCCGAGGGCACCCACCGACUCUGCUCCUCUUUGGGGAACACCACCUGCUCCUGGGAGUGCAGCACCUGUGCUGCCGCGGGCACUGCUUCCACUGCCAAAUCAGAGCCUGUGGGCCCCGAAACUUCCAGACAGGAACUGUUGACACUGUCCCAGGACACAAUGCUCCUCAAGAGCAGCUGCUCCAUCACCCCUCGGCAGGCCUUAAAGCAGCGCUACACUGAGGAGGAAAUACAGUCACAGACAGCGUACAGCCCUCCUGCAAAGCGCUCCAGGAUCCAGGAUGGGCCAGCCCACAGUGCUGACACCUGCCAACCCAGCACUUCCAGCCAGGCAGCAUCACAGCUGUCCCGGGUAAAGAGUCCUGCCAAGACCGGCACCUCUUCCUCUUGCCCUCGCCAGGCCUUCAAACGGGCCUACCCAGAGGAAGACAAUGACUCGGCGACAUCGUACAGCCCACCCGCCAAACGCCGCAGGAUUGACACCAGGCCGGCCCAGAGUGCCAAUGAAAGCAGCCCUAGCACUUCCAGACAGGCGGUGCCGGCGCCAUCUGAAGGCACUCUGGCUGCCAACACUCAAGUAGGACAGCCACGGCGUCCAUACAGGCCUCCAUGGAUCUUCCAUGGAUCCACAACGGACAACCGCUCCCAGCCUGGGCCAAUUCGCAUGAGACACGUCAGGCGGCAACAACGGCAGGCAAAAAAGCCCUACAGCCGGCCAUGA